AAGGGGAAGAAACGCACAGUACGCGUGCGCCACAGGGUCACAGCGGGCUUGGAAGGCGAGCAAUGGAACAUUCUCGUUGGCAAUCUGGGAUUAGGGCGGGGCGGGCGUCGCCCCUGCAAUCUGAUUGGCUGUGAGAUCGCUUACACGCCCCGGGAUUGGCUAAUGCCUUGCGCGGGUCUAGAUGACUUCUGGUCAAAGUUUAACUUAGUUGCGGUUGGCUCUCGUUACUUCUCAGAGAUACAUUCUGAUCCUUUCUUUUCUUCUUCUUUUUAUCUUUGCUUUACCGUAUGCACAUGAGCUACGCGUGAUUGAAGCCUUUGGAACGCGGGGCGUUCCUUAAGUACAGAGAAGGAUCAGUCGCGGCGAGCAAGAUUUCCUCUGGUGGAACUUUGGUAUGGCGGCUUCUGAUUGGCUGUCACGUUUUGAGAACCCGUUUUGACGUUCCUGAUUGGAAAUCACCAGUAUUUGCCAAAACAUGGACUGGGAUCAGCUUGACAUGAACCCCAGAGUGAUUGCAGCUGUUAAGAGAGCUAACAUAAAAUCAGUCAAAGAGAUUUUGCAUUUUUCGGGAGCAGAUUUGCAAAGGCUGACUCUGCUAUCCAGUACAGAUGUACAGUACCUGCUGGAAACAGUCUCUGGUGCAUUGAGAGAAAAAACUGUCUUCACAGCACUUCAGCUAUUCCAAGACAAAAACCACAGCACUUCCCAACGCCAGAAGCUAAGUCUGGGCUGCCCAGUUCUAGAUAGUUUGCUUCAAGGUGGCAUUCCUCUUACGGGUAUUACUGAAAUAGCUGGGGAGAGCUCAGCUGGGAAGACCCAAAUCGGUUUGCAGCUGUGUCUUUCGGUGCAACAUCUGUACAAAUAUGGUGGAUUAGAAUCCGGUGCUGUUUACAUUUGCACAGAAGAUGUUUUCCCAAAUAAACGCCUACAGCAGCUGAUUGAGCAGCAGUCCAACCUUAGAGCUGACGUUCCUCACAAUGUUGUGCAAAAAAUAAAAUUUGGAAAUAGUAUCUUUGUCGAGCAUGCUGCCGAUCUUGACACUUUCCGUGAGUGCAUUACCAAGAGGGUUAACUUGCUGCUCUCGAGAGGCAUGGUGCGCUUGGUUAUUGUCGAUUCCAUUGCUGCCUUAUUUCGUUGUGAAUUUGGAGCUGAGGACUCUGUUUUGAAAGCCAGAUACUUGCAGUCAUUUGGAGCAAAGCUUCAUAGGCUGAGCAGCAAAUUCCGGAUCCCAGUAAUAUGUAUUAAUCAGGUAACUGAUACAAUGGAUGAGAGGAGGAGUGCAGUUCAGAGCAGUCCUGGGCCCAUGGCCAAGAGUGUGACUCCAGCCCUUGGAAUAACUUGGUCCAAUCAACUGCUGAUGAGGCUUAUGGCAAGCAGAAUGCCGCAGGCUGCUGGGGACACAUCACACCAUAGUGGGAGCACCUUGCGGAUGUUGAGGGUUGUUUUUGCUCCUCAUCUCCCUCAGUCCUUUUGCUACUACACAGUAAACUCAGAAGGUGUGAAAGGAAUAAAGGUGGAAACUUCAAACAUCCUGUGAAACACUCAUUCCAAAAUCAGGCAAGAGCUUUCAGUUUUAAAUAAACCUGAAGCUAGUCGUAUCACAAGAAUGCCCAAUCUAACUACCGCCAUUUGCAGAUCUGGAGUGGAAUUAGUUACUUAAGCGGAGUUGCAAUCGAUUGGGAAAUGCAAGCAAACGAUCAAUACAGAAAAGUAGAACAAGGGGUAAAUAUAACACACAAGACCAGGGCAGUGUGGCUUAAGUGACAAACAAACAGCUGUUGGGCUGUCACCAGCAUGUUUAGAUUGUCAGUAAUCAACAUUCUUCAAAGUUAAUAAAAUUUGUCAAGUGGAGCUAUCAGGAACAGAAGCCCAUAAGCCUCCUAAAUUCCUUGGUUCUAUGAUAUAGCGAGAUGAAUUUCCUAACUGGAAAUACCUAACUGGCAUCUUGUAGAGAACCUAUAUUGAUGCAUUUUAAUCUUCAGGCCCGUAGUAGCCUGCACACCACUUUAGAUCUUCGAAAGCCCUUCAGAGUACCCUUGUCUUCAGAAGUUAGGCAGGUAGCUACCAGGGAGAAUGUCUCAUCUGGAGUGGCACCUUGGCUUUCUUUUCUAGGGAGAGACUUGCCUGGCACCGUUGUUAUUCUUUCAAAUGCCUUGCCAAUAUUUCUGUUGCCAUUGUUUUUAUCCUAUGCUGCUCUGCUCAUUUGGUUUUUUAAAAAUAUUUGAGUUUAGUCACUGCCUUGAACUGUUUGAAGUGGAAAGAUAGGAUCUCUCCCCACCACCACCAUAGAUGAUUUCUAGUAAGUUUUACAAUACAACCAGACUGUCACCUCUCCCAUAAGCAGCACACUGCAAGAGCCCCACUCUUUAAAUGCAACAUUCCCAAAUAAGAGAGAAGCGUCAUGCCAUGUUUUCUCAUCAGCACUGCCUUCACGUGAUUUGACUCUUGCGUGUUUAACUUUGUACAUAAUAGGUUUCCUAAAAGUUUGCUCUUAAAUAUUGAUUAGACAUUUUCUCUCUCAUACACCCCACAUUCUAACAGGCACAUAAAGAAGUUAAAUUCAUACAGUGGUGUGGUUUAUUUUUUUAUUUUUACACUUUGAAAAUGCCAAAGAAGCUUUACAUGAUAAGUUUCAUAAUAAACCACAUCUCUGCAACAGGUUAAACAAAAACAAGGUCUGGAGUUAUUUAAAUGGAAACGUGCUACAUACACUUCUAGAACCAAGUUGCUAUUUUAGUGUAGAAUAACUCAGGUUGUAUCUUCUGUACUAUAUUCUAAUGCUUUAUGUGAAUAAAAAUGUAUUUGGGGAAGUGACUUUGGUUACUGACCUUAUACACUGAAAACCA